GUAAGCCGUAGCAUCCUUUCGAAAUAGGGGAAGUGCUUGAAAGAAUUCAGAUCAUCGAACGGGAACUGAAAGCUGUGGCACAAUAUUCCUUCUUCUGUUGCAUGGGAGAAUAAGGUUUUUUUUUUUCCCGUUCCAGAUACUGGGCAAAAUGUUUUUGGUGGGAUUGACAGGUGGCAUUGCAUCAGGGAAAAGUACAGUAGUAACUCUGUUGCAGGAACUGGGUUGUGCUAUUAUUGAUGCUGAUGUUAUAGCUCGUCAAGUGGUCCAGCCAUACUUCCAGGCAUAUCGACGUAUUGUGCAUUCCUUCGGUCCAGAAAUUCUUUUGGAGAGUGGUGAGAUCAACCGUGAAGCUUUAGGAAAUAUAAUUUUUUCCCAACCAGAAAAACGUCAACUGCUAAACUCCAUCACUCAUCCUGAGAUCCAGAAGGAAAUGUUAAAACAGAUCUUGAAAUACUUUGUCUUGGGCUAUCGAUAUGUGAUUCUGGAUAUCCCCCUCCUCUUUGAGAACAAAAUGCUGACCAGAUUCAUGAAGCACACAGUUGUUGUAUAUUGUGAUCCACAGGUCCAGCUGUCCCGCUUGAUGCACAGGAAUGGGCUGACUCAGACAGAGGCAGAAGUACGCAUUUUUGCCCAGAUGCCCCUUGCUCAGAAGGUCAAGUUGGCUGACCAUGUCAUUGAUAACUCAGGAGAUACUGAGGCCACCAAGAAGCAGGUCCUGAAAUUACAUGCAGAAUUGGAGAACUCCUUGGAGUUCCUUAUGAUGCGCUUAUUGGCUGUAGCAGCAACAGUGGGAGUUGGAGGCCUUGUGUACUUGCUAGUACAGCAACUUGUGCGAUAGACUGUUCUAUCAUUAUCAAAGAGGACAGAGGAAAUCUAGACUCUUAAUUUAGAUUGCAUUUAUGCAUAACAGAUUGAUUAUGCUUGCAUAAAAGAUUGAUUAUGGGACAAAAAGGGAUUUUAGUGGGGAUUUGGAUUAGUAAGUGGACUGCUGAAUUGGGGUAGUGAUUAAGGGGCUACAUGAAUUUAAUAAGCAAAGAAAGUGCCGUUUUCAUAUUAGUUUUUGGUAUGAGAAUAACUACAAGGUUUUUUUAAACCUUGAGAUCUGCUACCGUGUUUUCCCGAAAAUAAAACUGGAUCUUUUUUUAUUAUUAUUUUCGGGGGAUGUCUUUUAUACUCACCUCUGGCACCGACAGCCCUGCCCAGCAGGUCCAUUUUUUCUGGGGCAGGAGCAGUUUCAUUCUGCAGCUACAUUCUGGCCUGCAUUUUGUAGUCAGGCCUUUCCAGAAGGCCUACGCAGCCGGGUACCGAGCUAUGGAUUAUAGCUCAGUUCUCAGCGCUAGAGGACUUGCAGAACUGAGCUAUGGAUUGAGACCCAGAAAGGCCUCUGACUGCAAAAAGCAAGCCUGAGACGCCACAGAAGAAGUGGGCCAGCGAGGAAAGGCCUGGCUGCAAGAUAAGCAGGUACACGGUACGUAGUGCAGCUCCACAGCCCCACCCUAGCUUGAUUUUUAGGUGUUAAUACACAGUAUUAACCAUCUUUUAGAAACAUUUACUUUUGUGGCUCCUUCAAGGACAUAGUCAACAUCAAUUAUUACUUCUGUAGGAGUGGGUAAGCAGUAAAUGUAACCAAAAAACCACCUACAAGGAAAUAAGAUAUCAAAUCUGUAUGCAGUCAUAUUGAGUAAUGUCUUUUUAUCAAAUCUGUGGCUUUUUACUAAGACAUGCGGCUUCAUAUUGAGUAAUGUCUUUUUAUUAAAA